CCGAAAAACUUCUCAAACGCCAUAUUUCUUUGUUACCCGUACGCGUGUGAACAAAACCUUGACGGCAGGGUCGCGUCCUCGCCCAAAUCAAAGAAAUGGCGAACACAUUUCGCGCCGUGGCGGUGUCCACCGUCAACAAUGACGGGGCACUGACGCCGCGCUUCAAUUUUCCCACGAACGUAAACGUGGAUUACGAUCCUCAGGGGUUGAGUGUAAAGGUGAUCCGUUCCGACCCCGUGCUAGCCCAGGAAGUGCUCGAGUUCCCCGUGCAUAGUCAAAGUGAGUGUUCGCGAGUGGCCGCUCAAUCGUACAUUUUCACGAUAGACAAUGAAACACUGUUUUUCAAGUUCGCGUCUGAUGUUGACUGUCAGAGCUUCCACCUUCUGGUUACGAAGGUUAAGGCGGGGCGAUCGUCGUCUGUGUUCACAGUGCGCACUGAGGACUCAUCGGCCAUGCAGUAUUUUCAGUUCUAUGGUUACUUGAGUCAGCAGCAAAACAUGAUGCAGGAUUAUGUGAGGACCAGUACUUAUCAGCGCGCGAUACUAUCUAACAUCAACGACUUCAAGAACAAAGUGAUUUUAGAUGUGGGGGCGGGCUCAGGUAUUCUAUCUUUCUUUGCUGCCCAGGCCGGUGCAAGAAAAGUGUAUGCCGUCGAGGCGAGUAAUAUGGCACACCACGCACAAGCUUUGGUUCGCGCCAAUGGUUUACAAGACCGUAUUUCUGUCGUCGCGGGGAAAAUUGAAGAAAUAGAACUACCAGAGAGUGUAGAUGUAAUUAUUUCCGAGCCAAUGGGUUACAUGUUAUAUAACGAGAGGAUGUUAGAGACGUAUCUUCAUGCGAAAAAGUGGUUGAAACCGAAUGGUAAUAUGUACCCUACAAGAGGAGAUCUUCAUAUAGCUCCGUUUACAGAUGAUGCAUUGUUUAUGGAGCAGUACAACAAGGCGAACUUUUGGUAUCAAAACUGUUUCCAUGGAGUAGAUUUGAGUGCCCUUCGCACUGCAGCAAUGAAAGAAUAUUUCAGACAGCCUAUUGUAGACACAUUUGAUGUACGUAUUUGCAUGUCACGGUCUGUAAGACAUGUUGUUGAUUUCCUAAAUGCCAAUGAAACUGACUUACAUCGAAUUGAGAUCCCAUUUAGAUUCGAGCUGACACAGUCAGGUACUUGUCAUGGGCUCGCCUUCUGGUUUGAUGUUUUGUUUGCGGGCAGCAUGCAGCACAUUUGGUUAUCCACUGCCCCUACUGAGCCGUUAACUCACUGGUAUCAAGUUCGUUGUCUUCUUGAGACACCUAUAUUUGCUAAACAAGGACUAGCAUUGGUAGGACGUGUAUUACUGCUGGCUAAUAAGAGACAGAGCUACGAUGUAACAAUGGAGGUGAGUUUAGAAGGAACAAAUAUAUCAUCCUCUAACACUUUAGACCUGAAGAAUCCGUACUUCAGAUAUACGGGAGCUCCUGCGGCGCCUCCUCCUGGCGUUAACACUACAUCGCCAAGUGAAGCAUAUUGGAACUCUAUGGAUACGACGGGAUCACUCAGCAAUGGCCAGGGGGUGAUUUUAACUGAUGGCACACAGCAGUACUGUCCGACUCAGAUCAAGACAGUGAUGUUACAGGAGGAAUUCAUCAAGAGAAUCGGGAUUAGUCAAAAUGGUGACAUAUAAUCCGCGAAGUCGCGCCGUGCGCGCCUUAGGGCUAUAAGGAACCGUCGUAAUCGGUUGUGAACAAUCUUCCGUUCAGACUAUAGUGUGUAAGCAGACUUAUUUAUUUCAAGACAUCACAGUGAACAUUUCAUAGUCGAGUAAUCAUGAUGAAGCGAUGCAGGCCUUCUAAAUUUAAGUGACACGCAGUAAGAACACUAAGCGCCUUUUGGUAGUUUUGUUUUUAAAGUUUGACGCUUACUAGUGUAAUAUUGUUUGUAAUAUAGUCUGUCUGGUAUUCGUAGGAAAUGAAAGCAAUAACAAGUUCAUACCAGUGAUUUUCAUAACAUAGGAAUCUCUGAGUAGUAAUCUUUUAAGGUAUUUUCGCUUGAUGGAAUUAUGACUUCCAUUUGAAAUUAAUACAAUUGUGUAUGUUAAGGGGUGUAUUAUACGUUGUGACAUUGAAGUGUAAUUAUGCAUUUUAAUUUGAAAUUACCAUUGAUCUAAAUCACAAUGAGGCCACAGGACAAGUAGGAAAGGAUAUAACACAGACUAUAACGUGUUCUAGUUAAGUAAACUAUUGUAAAUAUGCCUCUGAGAAUUUUAGCAACAAAACUUUCCAAAAAGCGUUAAUUAGUUAAUUCGGCAGCUCAGAAGCUGGAUUGGUUGGUUUAACUUGAUAUUUGAGCUGUAAAUCGUAAUGUAGGAUGGCUGAGUACGUGAAUUGACGACAUGGUGAAUAUUUCGAUUUACAAUAAUGCCAACACCCGAAGGUUAUUACUUUGUGGUGUUCAAUUGUACAGUAGCAUAUCACCCUGAUCAGCAUCAUCACUUGCCUUCAGUUGGUAUUGAGGUUUGACUCUUGCCUAUAUAUUAAAAAAACAUUGUAUGUGUUCACCUGUUGAUGUAUUACAAGUAAUGAUCAUGGUAUAAUUAUUAUUAAGGCAUAAUUAUUAAGUUCAAAUUACUAGGAAUUCAUAUGUGUUACCACAAUGUCAGAAAAGCCCUUUCGACAGCACCCUUACCUUACUCACAUUACUGCUUGAUGGCAGCAAUAAGUAAGGUGGCAGUACUUCCCUGGACUAACUCAUUCACAAAGAGCUCUACUGCUACAAAAGUAGCAAUACAAUCUAGGGUAUAUUUUAUGUUUGUCUGCAGUGAGUGUAGGGUCAGCAUUGCCUGGACAAAGUUGAUUUUGCGUAGAGAUUUUGGACAAAAUUUGCAGAGUUUUGUCAAAUGGUGGGCCAAGUCUGUUUGUGUAAUUUAUUUGCAUUCUUAGCAACAUAAGCCAUAAAUUCACUUAUUCUACACAACUUAGGGUUUGAAGUUGUUUUAAAUAGGGUGUAAAUGCAAUUGAUUGACACAAUUAGAUAUGGUCCACCAGUUUAAAUUUCUUGUGCAGUCCCCUCUAUGCAUACUUUGCCUGUAACAUAAAGAAAGGUAUUUCAACUAGUUGAGCUUAUUUUUCAAAAUUUUCUGUUUUGUAUCCUCAGUCGAUUGAUAACAAACGAUAUAAAGAUAAUUUAAGGUGAUAACAUGUAAAGGAAAGUAUUCAUCACAUCGUCAUAAUACUUGACAUAUUUAUCAAGUUAAGUCAAUCGGAAGAUAAGCAUUAAUCUUAGUGGAAGUACAUACAUUUAGGGUAAGCAAUAAAUGCUGAGGUUUAAUGAGUCUAGUCCCAAUAUUUCCUGUUGAAGUUCUACACCUAGCUUUUUUUAAGUGGAAAGCCAGUAAAAUUAACUUUACUGUAUU